CUUAUCCCACACCACUCUCCUCCCCCGCAACUCACGCACGGCUCGCAGGACUUCCCCCGUCCUCCCAUGGCGGGUCUGCUCGCGCCCUCCUCCCCCGCCCUCCCCGCUUCCAGAAUUCGAACCCUCCCCACUCCUCUCUCCCCAACUUCACUUCCCGCCGGCAUUUGCCACCAGAGGAACUUAAAUGGCCGCGCCCGAACUGCGCACAAGCACCGAGUCUGCCGCUCCCUUGUCUCUGGUGCUGCCGCCACUGAGCUCACCACCGCUGAAGAGGGGAAGAAGUUGACGAUCGACGAGAGGCAGCGGUCGGUCUUCCCCUUCUCGUCCAUCGUGGGGCAGGACGAGAUGAAGAUGUGCCUCCUCCUCAACGUUAUCGACCCCAAGAUCGGCGGCGUUAUGAUCAUGGGCGACCGCGGCACCGGCAAGUCCACGACCGUCCGCUCCCUCGUUGACCUCCUUCCCGAGAUCAAGGUGGUCGUGGGCGACCCGUUUAAUUCCGACCCUGAGGACCCCGAGUCCAUGAGCAUGGACGUCCGCGAGCGCGCCGCCCGCGGCGAGCCCCUCCCCGUUGCCGCCACCAAGAUCACCAUGGUGGACCUCCCGCUCGGCGCCACCGAGGACCGCGUCUGCGGCACCAUCGACAUCGAGAAGGCCCUCACCGAGGGAGUCAAGGCCUUCGAGCCCGGCCUGCUCGCCAAGGCGAACAGAGGUAUCCUCUACGUUGACGAGGUCAAUCUCUUGGAUGACCACCUGGUGGACGUGCUCCUCGACUCCGCCGCCUCCGGAUGGAACACCGUGGAAAGGGAGGGCAUCUCCAUUUCCCACCCCGCUCGGUUCAUUCUCAUCGGUUCUGGCAACCCCGAGGAAGGUGAGCUCCGGCCGCAGCUCCUCGACAGGUUUGGAAUGCACGCACAGGUGGGGACGGUCAGGGACGCCGAACUGAGGGUCAAGAUUGUGGAGGAGAGAGCUCGGUUCGAUAGAGACCCCAAGGGGUUCAGGGAAUCUUACCGGGCGGAGCAGGAGAAGCUCCAGCGACAGAUUACAUCAGCACGAAGCUCGCUUGCAUCGGUGCAGAUCGAUCACGACCUUCGCGUGAAGAUCUCUAAAGUUUGUGCGGAGCUGAAUGUGGACGGGCUGAGAGGGGAUAUUGUCACCAAUAGGGCUGCCAAGGCUUUGGCAGCACUGAAAGGGAGGGACAAAGUGACUGCAGAAGACAUAGCCACUGUCAUUCCAAACUGCUUGAGACAUCGGCUUAGGAAGGAUCCUCUGGAGUCAAUCGACUCGGGUUUGCUCGUCAUCGAGAAGUUCUAUGAGGUCUUUAGCUGAGCUAACUCCAAGAGGUCAUUUUCUUACUGUUCAACACGAGUGGCUCAACUUCAUGAAAUUCAGCUUUUAGUGAAGACUGACAUCCAAAAUGAAAUGCAGCUUUUAGCGAAGACUGACUUCCAAAAUGAAAUGCAGCUUAGUUUUUAAAACUUUUGAUUUUUCUAGUUUGGUGAAUUCCAGAAAGUUGUCUGCAGAGUGUUUACUUUAGAAAUUUUAUGUGUUCAGAUAUUAAAGACACAGUCAUUCAGAGGAGUGUUUGAAGAAAAAGAUCCUAAUUGCAUGGUUGUCAAUUUUGCUCCUCCGUUGUAGACUCAAACAUUGUCAAGAAAUCUGAGUGUGAUCAAAGCUGGGUGUUUGUUUCA